AUGAAGACAAGUUAUUCAUUAGGGUCUAGUAAUAGUCCCAAAUCCUUCCAGGCCUAUCCAAGGGGUGAAUUUGACUUGGAAUCUGGAAUUGUAAAAAAAUCUCGAAAGCCCAAAAAAUCUCUCAUUAAAAUGCUAUAUUCGUUAGGAAAAAGAAUCCAAUACUAUUACAAGCUUCACCCUCUUAUGGUUUUCUUGAUUUGCUUUUCACUUGGGAUUACAAUCCUCAUAAUUCUAUCCAUAUACGGGAAGCCCAUUAGAAUGAUGCCAUAUUAUAGGAAACUAGAUGCUAAUGUGGAUGAUUAUCCGUUUUCGAAGUUUAAGAAUCUUGUAAUGGUGGCGGGGCAUUCGAUUUAUACGAGUAGUAGUUGUGAGAAGGUUGAUAAAGAGGAUUCUUGGUUUUUGGAGUCAUAUCAGAGGCAUCCAGGCCAAGCUGCUACUUUUGUUACACAUAUACAGAAGGGGGUAGAGAUUGCAGCCGAUGAUGAUGAGGCAUUGCUCUUGUUUAGUGGGGGUGAGACGCGGAAGGAUGCAGGUCCACGAAGCGAAGCACAGAGUUAUUGGGUUGUUGCUGAGUCAAAAAAAUGGUUUGGCAAGCAAGACAAUGUGAGAUCGAGAGCACUAACAGAAGAACACGCAAGAGACAGCUUUGAGAAUCUUCUCUUCAGUGUGUGCCGGUUCCGGGAGCUUACUGGCACAUAUCCUCAGAAUAUAACUGUUGUUGGUUACGAUUUUAAGGAAGAGAGAUUUGUUCGUCUUCAUCGAUCAGCAAUUGGAUUUCCCGGGGCAAGGUUCUCGUAUGCAGGCACACCUUCUUCCCAAAAUUCGAGGGAGGCAGCUUUAAAAGGGGAAGCAUUGGUGAGGGCUCAAUUUCAAGACGAUCCUUAUGGUUGCUUAGGUUCACUUCGUCGCAAAAAGCUUGGACGUGAUCCUUUUCAUCGGUCGAUCCCUUAUCCUAAUGGAUGCCCUGAAAUCGAAGGUUUGUUCAGAUAUUGUGGGAAUGCUCCAUAUCCAGGUUACCUUCCAUGGGCUUAG